UGUCUGUCUCCGUCUUUCCCAUUCCAAAUAUAUGCCUUUAAAAGCCCUCCUCAAAACCCUAAACUGUACUCUGUUUAGUCCUAUAAACCCUCUGUACUCGUCUUCUCUCUAACUUCGAGCUCUGAAAGGCAGCGCAACAAUGGUGGCUCCGUCGUUGGACGAAGAAACAGCCAAGAAAGUCAUUCGACAGGUCGAGUUCUACUUCAGUGAUAGCAAUCUUCCUAGGGAUAAGUUUCUCAGCAACACCCUUAGUGAGAGUCAAGAUGGCAUGGUUAGUUUGGCUUUGAUAUGUUCAUUCUCUCGGAUGAGAAACCAUCUUGUUUUGGGGGAAGUGAAGCCAGAAGAUGUUGCAGAAGAUAGAGUGAAAGCUGUGGCUGAAACGUUAAGGACAUCUUCAUUCCUGAAAGUUUCUGAAAAUGGGAAGAAGGUUGGUAGGGCUACAGAACUUUUAAAGCCAGAGGAGAUAAUAGAGCAAUUAGAGGUGAAAACAAUAGCUGCUUCGCCACUGGAGUAUGAUGUGAAGCUUGAAGAUGUAGAGUCUUUCUUUUGUCAGUUUGGGAAGGUUAAUAGUGUGAGGCUGCCUCGUCAUGUUGUAGACAAAAGGUUAUUCUGUGGCACUGCUCUGGUUGAGUUCUCUACUGAGGAAGAUGCUGAAAAUAUUUUGAAGCAGAGCUUGGAUUAUGCAGGUGUCCGAUUAGAGGUGAAACCAAAGAAGGAAUUUGAUGCAGAAAGAGCAAAGCAAACCAAAGAAGUUGAGAAUUCUCAGUCCCUGGUAGCUUCGAAUCGUAAAAACAAUUCCAAUGCAGAAGCAAAUUAUCCCAAAGGCUUAAUUGUUGCAUUUAAGUUGAAGAGGAUCUCAGCUGAAGGUUCUGCUGAACAAAAUGAUUGUGAUGACGUAGAUGGUUGCAAAUCAGAUGGAGAACCAGAUUCCACCGCAAAUGUUACCCAAGAAACUGAACAAAAUGUAUCAGAAGAUGUUAAAGAUGAUGAAGAAAACCAUGCUGAGAAUACUGAGGACAGUGAGGCAAAAGGUGAUGAGAAAUGUAGUUUGGAGACUGAAGGGAAGGAAACCGAGGAUCAAGAAAAAUCUUUUGACAGUCCCAUUCAAAAGGACGACCAUGCAGCAGGUGAAGAAAAAUCAGCCGCUGCAUCAUAUAAGGACAACGAAGACAUUGUUUUACGCGAGGAUCUAAAGGUUGUCUUCCAAAAGUUUGGCACCGUUAAGGUACCAUCAAGUUCUUUUCUCUCUCUUUGCUUCAGAUUUCUUUUUUCAAUGUUGAUUUUUUAUUCAUUUUUGGAGCUUCUGAUUUUGUUAGUAUCUAUAUAA